AUGUCGCCCGCCGCCGUUGUCCCUCCCCACCGGCUACUUCAACGCUCAGCCACCCGAAAGUCAUUUGGCGUGCAGCCGCCUGCGCAGUCCCUCGAUCAGGACAACUCCCGCCCACCCGACGCAGGCUUCUUCGUCGCGGCGCUCAAACUAUUCUUCCCCUCAGACCGUCCCCCCAUUAUCCGAUCUGGUGCGCCGUCGCGCGUCGGCAGCGAUGCGGGCGACAAAUCUGCAUCUUCCGUGCUGCCUCCGUUCGCGCGUCAUGCGGUCGACGAGUGA